CAGUGAAAUCCAAAAUUCCAAACACAUUUUUGAUUAUUUUUGGGCUGAUUAUUAUAAAAAGUAGUAAAAUUAAAUUAAAAAACCAACGAUAAAAAUGUCCGAAAUAAGUAAAGACGCGUUGACGUGUAUAUCGUGCAGGGUCGCUUUCAGAGACCCCGAAAUCCAAAGGUCGCAUUACAAAUCUGAUUGGCAUAGAUACAACCUGAAACGUAAAGUGGCCGAACUACCGCCAGUCACGAGCGAGGAGUUUCAAAUUCGUGUCCUGAACCAGCGCGAAGCUGACGGAAAAGCGCUCCAACCUCAAAACGUUUACUGUGAAAUUUGCCGAAAGUCUUUCGGCAACUCCAACGCGUUCACAAAUCAUUUAAAUUCGAAAAAACACAAGGAAAAUGAGAAAAGCUUUGUUCAACAACCGGAUUUGUCUAAUAAAGAUUCAAAACAAAUUGAAGAACUUGACUCUGACGACAGUGAAUUCGAAAUCUAUAAUCCGAUUGAUAACAACGAUUGCUUGUUCUGCUCUUAUCACAGCAACAGUUUCAUUAAAAAUUUGGAUCACAUGACAGUAGCUCAUUCGUUUUUCAUUCCGGACAUUGAAUACUGCACAGACCUUGAAGCUUUGCUGCAUUAUUUGGGAGAAAAAAUCUCCGAAGGCUUCAUUUGCUUGUGGUGCAACGAAAACGGCAAAACUUUCCAUUCUGCCGAAUCUGUUCGGGCGCAUAUGCUGGACAAAGGUCAUUGCAAAAUGAUUCACGAAGGCGUAGCAUUGGCCGAAUAUGCUGACUUCUACGACUACUCCACUUCAUAUCCAGAUGGUGACGAAACCAAGGCCGAAGAAGAAGUUUCUGUUCCAGAAUUAGAUGGCUCAGAUUAUCAGUUGGUGUUGCCUUCUGGUGUGACGGUGGGACAUAGAAGCUUGAUGAAAUACUACAAACAGAGCGCCAAUCCUAAUAAAGCAGUGGUGGUAAAGAAAAGCGAUAAAAAGUUGCACAAGGUUUUGGCCAGUUAUAGAGCCUUGGGUUGGACGGCCACUGAACAAAAAGCAGCUGCGCGAAAGGCCAGAGAUAUUCAUUUUAUGAAACGGAUGCAGUCAAAAUAUAUGGCCAAGUUGGGCGUGAGGAAUAAUAAACUUCAGCCGCAUUUCCGACAACAAGUUCUAUUUUGAAUAUAUUUUGUUUAAUAUUAC